AUGGGGCUGAUCGAGUCGAAAGUGCAAAUUGCUAGGUUUCGAGCGAGGGCCGAACGUGAGGAGGAGGAGGUGGCAGUAGAAGGACCGCUGAGCCAGGAAGACGAGGGAGAAUGCGGCGACCACGGUUCCUCUACCAGCAAUAGUAGUGAAGCUGGCGGUGAAGCAGCUAGCAGUAGUGAGGAUGAACGCCCCAUUACACCACUGUCAUCAGAGACGGCAAGCAGCGACUACGAACCACCAGUCGACAUCGCCGCCCCGGCGAUCGCAGCGGCCGAAGAGACCGAGAAUAGAUCCGUACCAAUUUGUGGAGAGCUCUUCUUCGCUUUCAUCACUGUCGAGCGAGUCGCCACCAAGCAGAAGGAGGACGCAAACAAGUCGCCCCCAGUACCACCUCUUGUGUCGGAGAGUGGCGAUGACGAUCGAUACGACCUAGACGAGGAGGAGAUGGAGCGCCGACAGAGAUGUGCUGCGGAUGUAGGAGACGAAGGGGAAGGAGAAAGUGACGACGAAAGUGUAACUACUCAGUCAGUAGAAGGAACAACGACUGCUGUGGCGACAGCGGCGACGAUCGCCACAACAACGACCACUACACCCACGACCACGACACCCACCACCGCGACACCCACUACCGCGACACCCACAACCACGACACUACAGUCACGACUGGCGUCAGACGUCAGACGAGGAAUAUCGAGGAAGGUCCCAGGAAUGGAGAGCAACACUCGUAUCCGUAGACUGAGGAUCGCAUGUUGUGAUGCUGCGUUGCUUUGUCGUUCUCGCGCGUAA